AGAAGAAGAAGAAUAAUAAGAAGAAGGAAGAGAAGAAGAGAAUCCGGGCUAACCAUGGCUACUGCUGACAGUGGGGCUAAACCCCUUCAAAAUGCUAUGAAAAUGGCAAAACUAGCAAUACAGCUGGACGGAGAGAACAAACACAAGGAAGCUUACUGUGAAUACCUCCGGACGAUCAACUUCAUAUCACAUGCACUUUUGGAGGAAGCUGGGUCACAAACCUCAGAUGACAGGGAUGUGGUAGCGGUGGAGGUGGGGCGGAUGUUGAGGCUGGCUGAGCAAUGUCUGGAGCGAGCCAAGUUAUUUAUAGGGAAGAGAGCUGACCUCCCUGACCUCUCUGCUUCCGUCUCCACUCCCUUUUCCUGCUCACCUGGCCAAUCAGAGCUACAUCAGACUGCUGUCCUCCCAGCCGCCAUUGCUGCAAACACUGUCCCUUCAUCUGAUACUCCUGCUGACGCAGGGUGUAAAGCAACCAGCCCAACAAAGACCGGUCACCGCAGGGUGUUGUCAGAUGGUAGCGGGGAGCUCUCCCCUUUUCUGCCUCCUGAAGUCUUCCAGAGACUUCAAACAGUGGAGUCACAGGACACAAGCAAGAACAGGGAGCUGACACCCAUUGAACAAGCAUCACGCUUGAAUCAGAAGUUGAAAGCCAAUUAUGAAGCUCGUCUGGCAAGGCUCGCACCUGGUCAGGCCUACCAGAAGACAUCUUUGACGCUCUCUCUCCAGCGGCAGAUGAUGGAGAACCUCAUCAUAGCAAAAGCCAGGCAGGAUGCUCUCCAGCGGAAGAUGGAGGAGAGAAGACUAAGGCUACAGGAAGAGGCCAACCGGAGAUUUGCAGCAUCUGGGGCAGAGGAGCAAGAGCAGCGUGUUCUCUAUGCCAACGUACUGGAAUAUGAGCAAGACCACGAUUGGCCCAAACUGUGGAAAGCAAACAUGAGGAAGAAUCCUGAUGAUGUCACAUUAGUCUCAGGUGUAGUCUCCUACCUGCUCAGCCGGUCUGACCACCCAGUAGUGAAGCUGCUGAGGAAACACCAGUACCGGGUUUACAACAGGCUCUACCCCAUCGUCAGUAAAGGCCUCCCCCAGAGUCCAGCCCUGCCACUGAGGCCUUCUCGCAGCACUCACAACCUCCUUCAUCCAGAGACUUCGACAAAGCCAACCAGGGGCAGUAGCGUUAGUGGCCAGAGCUUCAGCCCGGGGUUGUCUCUUUCCCCCUCACUCUCUCAUUACCUCUACACCAACUAUGAUGAUGAAGAAGGGGAGGAGCCUCACGCACAGGUGAUGGUGGAGCGGGAGAACUCGUUUGAAGAUCUGGAGCAGUUCCUGACCCAGUUGGACUGGGCCCGGCUUCACUGCAGCACAGAUGACACUGGCUCGGACUCAGAAGUGACCCGUGAUCCCUCGAUGCAGCCAGAGCAGGACGAGGGUGGCAUCCAGGAGCUGGAGAUGAGAGCACUGACUGAACACCUAAAGGCUGUUGUCAAAGACAUUCAUAUUGCAAUUGAUCAACUACUGUCACUGUGUUUGCUAUCCUUUGAGUGUCUAAACACAGCCAGCUCUAAAGACUUGUGCCUCGCCAGCAUAGAAGAAGCCUUCUUCACACCGCUGUGGAGCGCCCUGGUGGCUCUUUUCAGGAGGGUCCAUAGGGAAAGGGAACAGGCCUUUGAGACCAGUAUGAAGCUGUACCGGGAUGUUUCACCUGGAGAUGUUGGUGUUCCUUUCAAACUGUUCCCUGAAGAAUCUGACUCGCGGCAGGUUUCCUACCCGUACGAGUCUGCCGUUCAGGAGCUUAAGCUUCUGCUCAAAGACUGCUGUCCACAGAGGAAGUUGGAAUGUAUUGUUAGGACAUUACGGCUGAUCUGUGCCUGCGCUGAGAAUUACAGGUGUCUUCAUGAGGUGGACUCUACACCAAAAACAGCCGCCAUCGGUGCAGAUGACCUGUUGCCCAUCCUGUCCUUUGUGGCUCUGCGGUGCCAGUGUCCUCAGCUGGUGUCUGAAUGCGCUGCUUUGGAGGAGUUCAUUCAUGAAGGCUAUUUGAUAGGAGAGGAAGGCUACUGUCUGACCUCCAUGCAGAGUGCCUUGGCCUAUGUUGAGUCAUUGCACACUGGAGGAACACUUCUCCCUGCAGACAAAAUCUUAUGAAAAAGGCUGCUGCAGUCACAGGAGAUCCACCCUCCACCAGCUGAACCUGCAGCUCCCUGCAGGUUAUGCAGAUAUGUUAUCUUAUGCACACACACUAAACCAGUGCCUAUGAGUUGUUGUUCACCAAAUCGGACACUGGGCUUUGCUGGGACCUCCUAAGAAUGUGUUUCCAUCGUGUAGCAUUGCUGCAUUAACUAGCACUGGAUUGUUAAAGGGACUGUAUGUGGUUGAGAUUGGAGUUGCUUUAGGGAACCUUUGGAUGUGAAGCCAUCAACUAUACGAAUGCUUACAGAGGAAAACAUGCAAUAUGGUUUAUGACAGAGGAAACACAUUUGUAAACCAUCUUUCAGGUCUUCCCAUUUUUGAGUGAAGAAACCCAUUACAUGUGCUUCAACUCAUAUUUGUCUUCAUUACAGUAUGGUAUCAGAAUUUUAAUGUUUUAGGAAGACGACUGUCUAUUUUAAUACAUGCACCCUGUAGCAUUUUUAUUUUAUUUUUUAUUAAAAAAAAAACAUGCAAACUCAGACUAGACGUUUAAGACUAUUAAAGAAUUUGAAUUUAUGCUUUUUGGGAGUCGACACGUUCGGCGGUAAGGCUACACUCGAUAUUGGCUUUAAGUUCAGACUGUAGAUCUACCAUCUAUCUUCCAUUCCAUUCACAGCUGCCAUCCAACAACAAUGCGAGACACUGGAGGAGCACAGGGACAACCGUUUGUAGUCGCUGUGUUUCAUGUAACAGCAUGUUGGUUAACAUUUAAAUGUAGAGGAUUAGGGUGAGGUCGUACUUACUGUAGGUAUUAAUACAGUUGCACUUUGUUAGUUGAUCCAUUUUUUUCAGUGGGAGCGUGUGUGUGUUGCUUCUAAGACGAUUUGCAAGCCACACCACAGCGCAUCAAAAUCAAAAAGGUUCAAAAUCAACAAACGCUCCAAAGGAAAGCUAAAGGGUAAACUCAAUUACCCAGCUUAAAAAAUAAAUACUUUUCACCAUUUUCCCAAUGCUUCCUUGGCCAUUGUGGCACAUUCUUGUGCGUUCAGAUAUCUUUAAUCCUGGUAUACCCCAGUAGAUGAUGGGAAGUGGUUUAAAUUCGACUAAAAUGUAUAAUAAAUAGCUGGCUGAAAUAUGCACAAAUAUUGUUUGGUUGUUUUGAAGACCACUGAAGCAGACUUGCAUCCAGUGUCACAGCCUGGAAAAAAUACAGUUUUAUAAAUUGUCAUUGUUGGUUUGUUUGCUUGCUUGAAUUUUAUUUGUAUUCGUAUUUCUGCAUGGGUACAAAAGAUGUGAAAAGAUGUCCCAAGAACUGUUUUGGAUUGACUACCUACUUUUUGUGACAUUAACACCAAAAACAAGAUUUAUGUCUAUGUAACAAAUCUUAAUGUAAUUAUAAUACAAAUGACAGGAUGCUAUGAUAUUUUGCAAAGUGGAUUAAGCCACUAUAUUAAUGUAAAGGAUUUAUUGUACAUUGCUUUUGAAAAAGUUAUUUCAUUAUAAAACAGUUUUACUGUGAAAGGUUGGGAAUGUAAGAAAGAGAAUGAUGAAUGUGUGUUUGAGAGAUGGGUCAAUAAAGAGAACAGAAAUAUUUAAAUACU